AUGGCUACCACAGAGCCAGCGAUUGGGGGCGGCUCGAGUCUCCCUCCCACAGCACGACGAGCCGAGCCCCAAGCCCCUUCCAAGCGCGACAAGAAACGCCAACUGCUCAACGAGCGCAUCGCUGCGCUGACGGAAAAGUUUGAUCGAAACCGAGACGUUUCCUACGUCGACCAGCUCCACAAGAUCCAGGUCGAUACGAGCCUCGUCCAGCGAGUCGAUCCCUACGCCCCGAAUGCCGCGGCCAUCAUCCACGAGCUCCGCCAGGAGCAGCGCAAUGCCGUCGGACCCAACCUAGUCUCCCAGAGCGCCCGGAGUCUCUUGGAUAUGGCCGGCCCCAAAUUCCAAGACUGGGCGCAAGAGAUGUCCGACUUGCACGAACGCAAGGAUUUCCAGCUGAGUACUCAGCAUGCCGAGUACGAGCGCAAGGUGCAAGAAUUCAAGAAUGUGCACAACUACCGAGUCGAGACCGCCAAGAGAGAGCACCAAGCCCUUGCGUCGACGCUUAGAGACCGUCUGAUCAACUCGCUCGCUGCGAAGAAGAACCGCCUGAAUAAGGAAAAGGAGGCUCUCGAGCUCUCAGACUCGUCUGCCCUCCUCUUCCAUCCCAACCAAUUCAGCAUCGCGAACCCGGCUAGCCCCGGCGGCAACCACGGCAAGCGAGCCACUCGACUCCGCAAAGACGCCGAAGACCUCGGCCUCGGCGACAACAAGAAGCGCAAGCGAGCCGUGGGCGACGACGACGGGUCUCCGGUGCCGAGCCGCCGAGCCCUCGAUACCACGGGCACCACGCCUCUGUGGCAGUCGGAGAAGCUCCGCGUGGCGGCCAAGCAAAACGGCCCCAUCUACAGCGUGGACAAGCUCUUCACCGACAAGGAGCUGACCCUCACCUAUAACACCGCGGCCCAGGCGGCCCACAUGCACAUUUUGCGCCACCGCGUGAGCGGGCCCGCGGGCUCUUCGUCGGACGGCAACGAGUCGAGCAACGACGACGAGGACGGCCACGACGUGGACCUCGCGGCGCCCAUGAUGGAGCGCGCCCCGUCGCACGCCACGAGGAGCACGCGCGGCAACGUCAACCACAACGUGAUUGACCACAAGAUCCUCGGCGUCGAGGCCAUCGCCGACUAUGAGCAAACCCCCACGCGGUCGCAAGACCAAAACACCCCCGUGUCCCUCCCCAACGACACGAUCAACGAGGAUCUCCAAAUCAUGUCGUACUUUAAGCAGUUUGACUCGCACACCAAGCCCGGGUCCUCGCUCACGGUGAACGACAGCCUGAAGCGCGUGCUCGAGGCGGCGGCCACGCCCAACUCCAAGAACCGCUACGUCGCAUUCAUCGGCAACGGGCCCCGUCGGGACCUCGAGGACAUUCGUCGCGAGCUGGGCCUCCUUCGGACAAGCCGUCGGAGAACCCGAGCCCGGAAAAAUCCUCGUCCGGCCUGA